CAGAAGAGACCGGAAUUAGGAGACAAAAGGAUACCGGCACCAUGGAAGACCAUUUUAAAUAUUCCUGUCUGGAUUUGUUCAUGACUCUUUUUGGAGUCGUCAGUUUCUUCUUCGACCUGGGAGCAGAUAUCUGGACUGCAGUCGAGUUUUAUUUGGAAGGAGACUAUCACUGGCUCGGGGUGCAGCUAUUCCUGUUUUUUCUCUCCUCUGUUUUGGUGCAUAUUUUCAGCUGGAUCUGGUUUAGCAACGACACGCUGGAGCCAGGCUUCAAAUCUGAGACAAGGACUGAAGGGUGGAUGGUAAAAUACGGAUUAGUUUUUCACAUAUUCCAGCUGGGUCUUCCACUGAGGUACAUGGUUGCCAUAGAGCUGGGGCGCAUGGCUCUCAAGGGUGGCCAAUCAGGACACGCCAUUUACCGGACAUGUGACCUGAGCAUGCUGCGACUGUUUGAGACUUUCUCUGAAAGCACUCCUCAGCUCACCCUCAUGGUCUAUAUCGUCAUCCAGAACAACAAGGCAGAAAUCUUCCUUUGUGUCAAGAUCGCUCUCUGUCUCUUUGCCAUCACUGGAUCGGUUGUCGACUACCACCGCUCGCUGCGCUCCUUCCUGCCAGAGAAAAGCAAACUGCGCUGCAGCUCCUCCAUAGUCUACUUCCUGUGGAACCUGCUGCUGAUCGCUCCGCGUGUGGGCGCUGUGGCCCUCUUCACCUCCGUCUUCCCCCCUUACAUCGCACUGCACUUCCUGCUGCUGUGGACAGCCCUGCUCCUCUGGGCCUGGGCCCAGCACACUGACUUCAUGGAUAGCGGGCCGGGAGAGUGGCUCUAUCGUGCCAUGGUGGCCCUCAUCUGGUACUUCAGCUGGUUCAACGUGGCAGAGGGUGGGACAAUGGGGAGGAGCCUCAUCUACCACACCUUCAUGGCAGUAGACAGCAGCAUUCUCCUGGGGACGUGGUAUUGGUACAGGGAUCCCCUUGUGACAGACCACUACGUGCUGCCUCUGCUGCUAGCUCUGCUCGCCUCCUACCUGUUGGGGUUACUGCUCAAAACCAUAUACUACAAGCUCUUCCAUCCUAAAAUCUGGCAGCCACUGCCAGAAUCAGAGGAAAGUAACUUACAGAUGCGUUGUCUUUCCAUCUCAGAAUCGAGCAAUAGUCUUAAUAUAGCUGUCAAUUUUCGGUCCGGACCGACUGUUUAUCCCUCUACAGUUGUGGUCAACAAGCGGAUGAGGACCCUCGCCAAUAACUUUUACUCUUCUGCAUCUACACCCUGUAAUUUAACCAUGAAUGGGAUUGAAAUGGACAGCCUUGUUUAACACUAUGCCAGGUACUUUAUGAUCUGGUUUUGAUCGCAUCAAGGGUUAUCCUAUGUGACGAAUUUUAGUGCUCAUGAAAAGUGUAUUAUGUGUAUUGGCAGCAGUGGAGUUUGAAGUCCUCUCUACUUAUCCACAAAGCAGAGAUACGUAAACAGUAGGUUCCCCCGCCCUCAUAGGGCAGUGGUUUUCAACCCCGGUCCCCGGGGGACCCAUGUCUUCUGGUUUGCAUUCCAACUGA